CCGCGGUCCGCGAUUCGGCCGACCCUCUGCUAUCAUUCCAGUGAUUCGUUUGUGCGCGUGCAGUCAACACCGACAACACGCUUGCACCCCGCAUUAUUUAGUCUAUGGUCAUUUGACAGUUCACAAUGUUCACAUUUCUGGCGUUGUCGAAUUUAUCACGAGAUAAACACAAGUUUUAUUAACUUUUUUUACUAAAUAUUGUCUGGAUAUUCAUUAAAAAAAGAUCACAACAAGUCAAAAUUCGCAUAUGGAGUGGAAUUAUUAAUUUACAAAUCGUGGAAUGUUGGCUGUACUGUCCGAAAAUUCUGACUCGGAACAGGUGUUUUUGAAAGAAAUGUGUUGCAGUUCCCAGCGUUAUUAAUUUUUAGUGUCGUGAAUAAUAAAAAAGUGUAUCGAUCCGCGUCGGCCGAAUCGCACGGUCGCUCGUUAUUUUGGCUCGGAAGGACUGGACGUCGUUAGGCGUUCGUAAACAACAGAGAUAAAGAAGGACGCCACUCUGUCUCCGAGAAUCAUUCACAUGAUGAGGUGGUUCAGGCUGACGGCCGAGAGGUCCAGCUAGGGGCUAUGGUGCAGCAUCUGAGCGAGCAGGGGGUGAUGACCGCGGGCGACCGGUGAGGUGGCGCCGUGGCGAGGAUGCCGCACCAGUUCGGCGCGGGCCUGGGCGGCGCGGUGGGCGCGGCGGGGGGCGGGUCGCCGCCGCCGCAGCACGGCGCGCUGUUCCCGCGGUACGCGAGCGCGGCGGGCCCCGGCGCCGGCGCCUACCGCCCCGAGGAGCGCCGCCUCACGCGCGAGGCUAUGGAGCGCUACCUGCGAGACCGCGCCGACAUGGUCGUCGUUAUACUGCACGCUAAAGUCGCGCAGAAGUCCUAUGGCAAUGAGAAAAGGUUUUUCUGCCCACCACCCUGUAUAUACCUAUUUGGUGAUGGCUGGCGGCUGCGGCGCGAGCGCAUGUUGCGUGAAGGUGAGACGGAGCAGGCGGCCCAGCUCUGCGCCUUCAUAGGUAUAGGAAACUCUGACCAAGACAUGCAGCAGCUUGACCUGAACAAUGGGAAACAGUACUGUGCAGCUAAAACCCUCUACAUAUCAGACUCUGACAAGCGAAAGCACUUUAUGCUAUCAGUUAAGAUGUUUUAUGGAAACGGACAUGACAUUGGUAUAUUUAAUAGUAAGAGAAUUAAAGUAAUAUCUAAGCCUUCUAAGAAGAAGCAGUCAUUAAAGAAUGCAGACUUAUGUAUUGCGAGUGGUACGAAGGUAGCUUUAUUCAAUCGUCUAAGGUCACAGACAGUGUCAACUAGAUAUCUGCAUGUAGAGAAUGGCAACUUCCAUGCGUCGUCCACACAGUGGGGAGCGUUCACGAUUCACCUGCUGGAUGACAAUGAGAGUGAAUCUGAGGAAUUUGCAGUGCGAGACGGAUAUGUACACUAUGGGUCCACUGUGAAGCUUGUCUGCUCUGUGACAGGCAUGGCUUUGCCUAGGCUAAUAAUAAGAAAGGUAGACAAGCAAAUGGCCCUCCUAGAGGCCGACGACCCAGUCUCCCAGCUCCACAAAUGCGCGUUCUACAUGAAGGACACAGAGCGCAUGUAUCUGUGCCUAUCACAAGAGCGAAUCAUACAAUUCCAAGCCACGCCGUGCCCUAAAGAGCCCAAUAAGGAGAUGAUCAAUGAUGGGGCCUGUUGGACUAUUAUAUCUACGGAUAAAGCGGAGUACCAGUUCUAUGAAGGCAUGGGACCCGUCAGGUCCCCAGUGACGCCGGUACCCCUCGUCCACUCUCUCAACCUCAACGGCGGCGGCGACGUGGCCAUGUUAGAACUGGCCGGCGACAACUUCACGCCAUCGCUACAAGUGUGGUUCGGAGACGUGGAAGCGGAGACCAUGUACCGCUGUGCGGAGUCCAUGUUGUGUGUGGUGCCGGAUAUAUCGCAGUUCAGGGGGCAGUGGCUCUGGGUGCGGCAGCCUACGCAGGUGCCCGUGUCCCUGGUCCGCAACGACGGUAUCAUCUACGCGACGGGGCUCACGUUCACGUACACGCCCGAGCCCGGGCCGCGGCCCGCGUGCGCGCCCGUCGACGACGUCAUGCGCCCCGAGGCCGCCGCCACGGCCUGGCACCACGAGCCGCACGCGGGCCAUCCUGCGCAUCCGGCCCAUGCGCUGCAAUAAGCCUUGCGACGGCUGCGCGAUGAACUCGGUACGUGGAAUAAGGCACCAUAGUGUAGAAAGCAUCCGUCACAAUGGGCUGACCUGCGACACGGCCAUCCUGACUGAGUGCGACCCGAGGUGUACGACACCAACCAAAGAAUCAAGAUAGAAUUCUCGAUUCGGUGAGUGAAUUGCGAACAUUAUAAAGUCCAUUCCAGCUGUUUUGUUAUAUUUGGUAAACAAUUAAAAUGCACAUAAUCAGGCUUAAACACUCGCAUGGUUUACAGGGCUAGGACGCGAUUCGUAGCGAUGUUGAGCGAAUGACAGCUAUCAGCAUACACCGUUAACGUCAAAAUGUGCUGCAAAUCGCAAUUCGCGAGCUGUUUUAGCGAACAAGAUGCAUUUUAAUCUAUAAAAUUGUUUACCAAGUAAAACGUGUAAGUGAUGUAAUAUUGGAUGGACCGUAGUUAGUUUCGAUAGUGCCUAGAAAGCUUUAUUAUUGAUACGGAGUGCCACGUCGAACGCUUCGCCGACUGUGAAACGACGUGCCUCUUUUGUAAACGUUUUUUUAUUAAUUAUUAACGAGAUUAUCACACCAAAAUGAUAUGUUAAGGUCAGAUUAUUUCUGUGAGACUCGGUCGAGCUAUUACUAUAAUCUACUAACAGUGCGUCAGAUGUUACCACAUGUUAAAAGAGACAUCUAGACCUGAACUAUGCCUAACAUCUCAAAUACUGUAAGUAGUGAUGUCAUAAUAAGGACAAAGCUAGCGAGACCGCUCGUUAAACCUAGUAGUUGUGACGUUUAGAGUGAUUAAGAUAUUUUCUCGCAGCUAAUAUGCAAGACAACUUUGUCGCUUGUCAAAGACGCCACUGGCAAACAUUGCAAUUAGAAACCACCUUUGACUUGACAACCGACAAAUUGUUACAUUUGCCUGAGAACACAGUCUAUCUGUGUGUGUCUCGCUGACAUCAAUGUGUUCAGCCGCUCGCUCUUUACUCUUCUUAUACAAAGACAUUUCGAAGUUGUCAACUGUAUACUAUCGUGUAAUCCAAGCUUGCAUUAAGCCAAUGAAAUAGCCGCUUGUAUAUGGAAGUUAGUUCCUACACUGGCAUUUAAAGUUUGCCAAUAUAAAAUUAAUGUACGUAUCGAAACGUGGAAGAUCUCUCUGCUCUUAGAUUUGUUUCUUCGGGGCCAAAUAGCUGUAAUCCAUGACAAGUCAUUCAGUAUCUUGUAACGAUUUUGAUUAGUAUUACAUAAUUUUAACUUGUGUUGACGGUUAUAUGUGAUGGGAUUUUAAACGCGCACGCUUAAAAAAACUAUAUAUAACGAAAUAACAACGCGACGCCAAAUAAGUUCAGUUAGGUUAAUUUAUUUUGUCUCUUUGCACAAUUUGUUUCACUCAAAAAUAGACAAAUCAACUAUAAUUAGCACGGAACAAGCGGAAAAUAAUGGAUGCUGAUACGCAAUAAUGUGUUAACUCACAUAAUUUUUUCAAUAAGAUGUCAACUCAAAAUAUUAACGCUUAAAGUUGACAUUUUAUUGCAAAAUGGAUGUAGGAUGACUCAUUUUUGCUAAACACCAUCCUAUGUAGUGGAGCAGUUUCAGAAAAACUAAAUACAUAUUUAAAUUGUCAAACCUCAAAAUUAAAUAAUUGGUAAUCCAGUUGCCACAAUCCGUAUGGCGCCGCGCAGCAUUACAACAAUAUUCUUCUGUGUGAGCUACUGUAGUUGUUUUGUCUAUGGCUCAAGUCAAUUUUAACUUCACUUUAGUUACUGCUAAGAUGCUUUAAUAAAAGAUUGUUGUAGACAACCUCAAAGACGCCGGAGUUGCAAUAUUUGUCAUUAGUGCACCGAAUAUCUCAUUUUACGGCAACCGCUAUAGUUAUAAAAUGGUCUAAGAUUACUUGUGUUAGAUUUUAAUUGUAAUCAGUUUGUUAAAUUAUUUGCACACGCCCAAGGGCUCGCAGCAAGCUGAUAUGGCAUAUUGUAUAAUAAAAUAACCGAGACUUUAAAGAACAAAUAGAUAGUUAAGCUAGUUUUAGUACAUAGUACAGUUUCGUAUUGUUGAAAAACACAAAUUGAAAUUAUAUUUAUUUUUAAUCCAAUUUAAUUUUGUAGGAAGCUUGUGUGGAAAAAAAUUGAUUCGAUGUUUAUUAUAAGCAAAAGUGUGAUUUCCAACAUUCCAUUCGGAACGUGUAAUAUUGAAGUACAAAAAAUAACAAUAUUUUUGUAGCACAACAUUUGAUUAUCGAGAUAAUUUUAUGUAAUUGGUCGUACAGUAUUACAAAUACGUUAGAGUUAGAGAUUGGUAUAAUUAAAUAAAUACGCAGUUAUUACGUCAAUUUGUAAGAGAUGGUCGAUUGUCUUUUUAAAAUGCCGUUUACUCGUGAGUUUUUAUCAUUUUACAUUUGGUAAUUAUAUAUUUGAAAAUUCGUGUUUAAACGAACUGCUCGUGUAUAAUAACUACCCACUAUGAAUCGAAGCGGUGGAUUUGAAAUAUGAAUAUUUUUAAUAAAACUGAAUUUAAAUAAAAA